AUGGCCUUACCACGGGAGUCGAGCUUCAUGCCGGCCAUCAAAUGCUCGUCAUGCGGCCUGCAAGUCGAAAUCUCCAUGAUGGGCGAGCAUAUCUGCAGCGGCCCGGGUGCAGAGCCAUCACCACCCCCGCCUCGCUCAGACAGCAUAGGUUCAUACGGCCAACCGCCCCCUCUUGACAACACCAAGUACGGCCGAAUGGCACCUCCUACGCUGGAUACCAGUGCCGCAAACCUGCCAUAUUCGCGGCAAGACCAGCUCACCCCUAUAAGCACCUCGACAGGAUCAAUCAGCAUCUCACCCAAAACCCCCAACAGCCAGGCUCAUGGCCGCUCGGAUGACUACUUCCAACCGCAAAUAGCAAACGACUACAACUCGAACCAGCAAUCUCGACGCCCCGGGGGCUAUGGGGGAUUCGACGACGGAGACGACUUCGGGUCGGAUCAGAUGUACCCGAACGAGCAAAGGAAACAAGCACCGAGCCUCCUUCAACGUAUGAACACCAUCGCCCCCGGACCUUUCGAGAUGGGCAAGCGACCCGGCGGCGCGCGCGCGGCUGCAAAGAACGCAUUCACCCCGGCCAGGCAGGACUCGUUGACGCCCGAGGACAACAUGGCUGGCGACCGACCACUAACCUCAGCAUCGAACAACUCUUCCAUAUCUUCUGGGAGCAGCAACGCCGGCGGUAUCGCGCCCCCAAGACUGCCGAGGAAGAACGGCUAUGGAGGAUUCGGGCCGCCGGGAACGACGCCGGAUGAAAUCGAGCCCGAGGCCUUCGUCACCCGAGCGGGGACCUUCCCGCGCCCAAACGAGUCUGCUGAGCUACAUGUGAGGACGCCCUCAGCGCCCGGCACUCGGUCGGACAGGUUGAGGGGGUCACCGGGACCCGGCGAACACGAGAGAAAGCCGUCGAUGGGACCAGAUACCUCGAGGCCGCCGCCCCCGAGGAAGAGUUUGCUGCGUCCGACGACAGCUGGGAGGGACGGAGCGCCGCCAGUCGAUCUGGCCAACGAGUUUGGUGCUGCGAACCCGUACCACACGCCGUCGGCCUCGACGUCGUCUGGUGCCUCCUUGUUCAGUCAUGGCCGCCAGGCCAGCUCCCAGAGCAGCUCCCAAUCCAGCCCUGCGAACCCGCGCUCACGACGGAACCCCUCCGACGUGAACAACCUGGACAACUUGAUGAACGAUAUCGAGUCGUCGAUGGCCGCCAUGCACUCCCCCAAAGAUGAGAUGCCGCCGCCCCCUCCCCCGAAACCCGCGGCGCAGUCGCAACCCAGUCGGCGUGCGCCACCUUCGGUGGAUCUUCGAAACGACCCCGCGAUCCAGGGCAGUCGACCGCGGGCGAGGUCACCACUAGCGACGCCGGACUACGAUCCCCGCAACCCGAUGGAUCGCUACAACCAACAUGAGCGUCAGCCCAGUGAUGUGCGGAGUGUUUCAUCACCGCCCCGCAACCGCCCGUCGCGAGGAAACUGCAAGUCUUGCGGCGACGCCAUCAAGGGCAAGAGUAUCUCUUCGGCCGAUGGCCGUCUGACCGGACGCUACCACAAGACCUGCUUCGUCUGCACGACCUGCCGCGAGCCCUUUUCGUCGGCCGAGUUUUACGUCCACAACGACCGGCCCUACUGCGAGCUUCACUACCACAAGCUCAACGGCAGCCUGUGCGGUACGUGCGGACGCGGCAUCGAGGGCCAGUACUUGGAGGACGAGGAGCGCGUCAAGUACCACGUCGGUUGCUUCCGAUGCGGCGACUGCGGCAUGUCCUUGUCAAACGGGUACUUUGAGGUCAAGGGCAAGGCGUACUGCGAACGGGACGCCUGGCGCCGCAUGCAACCCGCCCCGCGGAUGGGCAACGGCGAGCAGCGAGGACGUUCGCCGGGUGGUCUCGCUCCCGGCGGCCCCGGGCAGGGCGGCCGCCGCCCCAGCAACGGCCAGUCCGGCAUGAGGCCGCCCGUUGGCCUCCCGCGUGGUCAGAGGAUGGCUCCCGGUGCCGGACUCGCUCCGCCGAUGCCUCGCAUGAACAAGCGCAUGACGAGACUCGGCAUGAUGUAA